UUUAAGGCUAGGCACGGCACUGCUCAUCAGCUUCCGGUUAGUUUCCGUGGUGGCGAAUGGCGGCGGCUCAUGGUCAUGGUCAUGGUUUGGUGGUCCAAAAAACAGAGGAGGAGUGGCGUGCCAUACUUUCUCCUGAGCAGUUUAGGAUUCUCCGUCAAAAAGGCACCGAAUAACUAGGAACUGGAGAAUAUGACAAGUUCUUCGAGGAAGGAAUAUUCAACUGCGUUGGAUGCAAAACUCCUCUUUAUAAAUCCACAACAAAGUUCGACGCUGGAUGUGGCUGGCCAGCUUUCUUUCAAGGACUUCCCGGCGCCAUAAACCGAUCUCCUGAUCCAGAUGGGAGAAGAACUGAGAUCACUUGUGCGGCAUGCGAUGGACAUUUAGGCCAUGUUUUCAAAGGAGAAGGUUACGCUACUCCAACCGAUGAACGCCAUUGCGUCAACAGUGUGUCCAUCGAUUUCAGCCCGGCAAAACCUUCCCCUGUAACCUAAGGAUUAAUGAACAUAAACUAAUAUUUAAUGUGAUUGUGUUUGUUGAUACCGAGUA